AACAUGGCAGCUUUCAAUCACACCUCAGCCAGCCCUGCAGUAUUCCUCCUGGUGGGCAUCCCAGGGCUGGAACAAGCACACGGCUGGCUCGCCAUCCCUUUGUGCUCCUUGUAUAUUGUGGCAGUCCUGGGGAACUGCACCAUCCUGUUCAUUAUACGGGUGGAUCCAAGCCUCCACCAGCCCAUGUACUAUUUCCUGAGCAUGCUGGCCCUCAGCGACCUGGGCCUGUCAGCUUCCACGCUGCCCACAAUGCUAAGCGUCUUCCUGCUUAAUUCCAGGAAGGUUAAUGCCGAUGCUUGCUUCGCCCAGCUGUACUUCAUCCACACCUUCUCUGUCAUGGAGUCAGCCGUGUUGCUGGCCAUGGCCUUUGACCGCUUUGUGGCCAUUCACAAGCCCCUGAGAUACGCCUCAAUCUUAACCAAUGCCACUGUUGCCAGGAUAGGGCUGGCUUUCAUGGCGAGGAGCGUGCUCAUGGUAAUGCCAAUCCCUGUUCUCCUCUGGAGACUGCGGUAUUGUCUUCCCAAUGUUCUCUCCCACUCCUUCUGCCUGCACCAGGAUGUCAUGAAACUGGCCUGCUCCAACAGGACGAUCAACAGCAUCUAUGGCUUGUUUGUGGUCAUCACCACGAUGGGCUUAGAUGCGCUGCUCAUUGUCCUAUCCUAUGUCAUGAUCAUUACGACUGUGUUGAGCAUUGUGUCCAAGGAGGAGCGCCUCAAGGCUCUGAACACCUGCGUCUCCCACAUCUCUGCCGUCUUGAUCUUCUACAUCCCCAUGAUUGGCAUCUCCAUGAUCCACCGUUUUGAGGAACGUGCCUCUCCCCUCGUCCCCGUCCUCAUGGCCGAUGUCUAUGUGCUGGUCCCACCAGUGAUGAACCCCAUCGUGUACAGCGUGAAGACCAAACAGAUCCGCAGGAGGAUAGCCCAGAGGUUCCAGAGGAAGACGAUCCCAAAUAAAGACUGA